GUGGCGUUGGUGUCCGUGGCGGCGUCGGGGGCGCUGGGGAGGCCGUCCUUGUCCUCCCCCGCCCUCGAGACCCGCGGGAGGAGGUCGCUCGUGUCCUCGUACUUGGGGAAGCACGCGGACAAGGUGACUGCUGUGUCGCCCUCCAGCAUCGAGGAGGAGGAGGAGGGAAGUGGAGCUGUCGAUCCCCAAACCGCAGUGACGUCUGUGGUCGAGGAGAGUCUGGUCGCCCCGGGUAGCAUUGCAGAAGAGGAGGACGAAGGCGACGAUCCAGACAAUGACAGCCAAGAGGACGACUCGGACGACAGCGACAAGGAAAGUCUGCUUGUGACGCGCGACGCUCAAGGAGGGGCUGCCAUGGAGGAGGACGAGGCUGAGGACGACCACGCGCCGUCCGUGGGGAUACACACGGACGCAGCAGAACCCGAGGCCCAGCCUGAACCGAAGACUGAACCAGAACCUGAAGCGAAGUCAGAACCCGAACCUGAAGCUGAAGCAGAACCUGAAGCCUCGCCAGAACCAGAACCUGAAGCUUUAUCCGAACCUGAACCCGAGCCAAAAUCGGAGGUUCAGCUGGAACCGGAACCUGAAGCAGAACCAAAAGCUGCACCGGAGCCAGAACCCGAAAUUGCACCAGAACCAGAGCCAAAGACGAAGGCCGAGGAAAAUGCCCAAAUAAAGAAAAGCGGUGCGAAGGCGGCCAAAUCAGAAUCCGUGGCAGCUCAACCUAAAUCAAUGUCCUCUCACAGAAUGGCCGUAAAUGCCAAGUCUGAAACAGAAUCUGAAACUAAAUUGGAUCUUCAGGAUAUAGCCGAACCGGCUCCUAAGGCCAAGGAAGAGACAGAUGCCAAGGAUGAACCUGAAGCUGAUAAGACCAUGGUAGAAACUGAAACAGAAACAGACUCAGAGGAGACUCACAAAACCGAGUCCAUUCCAAACACCACGACAGAAUCAGAAUCCAAAGGCGAGCAAAAACAGCAAAAGAAAGCAACGGGAGAAAAUUCUAAAAUCACGUCGGAAGAAGAUGAUUCUCUGCCCAAUAUGGAUAACGAGUCAGAGGACAAAUCCAAAGUCUUGACAGAACGAAAUGCAGAACUCAAAGCGAACGGUGAUGGCGAAGAAGAAUCAGACGCACCUGAUAUGCUCACGGAUGGGAAAUCAAGGAUGGAAACUUUUCAGGACAAUGACAUAGAAACGGCCAACAUGCAGGCAAUUCUUGAGAUGGAAAAGCAAUUCAACGAGACAGAAGAGAGUGAAGAACAACAAGAGGAAGAGCCACGAGCAACAGGUACACCUCCGAGCGUAAUCUCUGGUGAUGUAAUGGACAACAUCUACUUAAGAACUGCUGACUCAAGUGAAGAGGAGAGUGAUGGUGGUGAUAGUGAGGAGGCAGGUAGUGGAGAAAACAAAGAAGCGAUGGAUGACGACAAGGCCAUGGAUGAUGAGAAGAAUGACAAUGUCAUGGAAGGUGAAAAGGAAAAAGGAGAAAACGAAUUAAAGACACAAGAAAGCAAUAUGGGGAAAGCAAUGCAUACGGCGGACGAUACACCCAAAUCAGACGCGACAAACGAAAAAGAGGAAAAGGCAAACUCGGAGGAAGAAGAAGAGGAGGAGGAGGAGGAGGAGGAGGAGAGUACUGACUCCCCUACUCAUUCUGAAGAUGAGGUACAUAAAGAAGAAAAUGAAAAUGUUGAACAUAUGGAAGUGAGAGUGGGGACGAAUGUGGUGGUUGAUGAUAAAGAAUCUCCCAAAACAGAAAUGGAAGACAAAGAGGCAGACAAGAAUGAGAUUGAAAAAUCAGAAGUCAAGACAGAACAUUCUCCUAUCCACUCUCCAACAAAUCUAAUCCACUCAGAAGUGGAUCUGGAAGCCACGCGUGAAAACGAGAAGGUGAGUGAUCCCAAAGAGGAAAAUGGACAGAAAAUGGAAAGAGAAAGCAUCAAGCAAGAAUCAACAGUCAAGACAGAGACCCACAGUCCUAUCCACUCUCCAACUAACUUGAUCCAUUCUGAGGUAGACCUCGAAGCCACCCUCAAGAACGAGAUGAGUGUUUCAAAGCAAGACGGAGGCAAAAUUGAAGAGGAAGAAGGACCUACAACAGAACCAGAACACGUAAAAGAGGCAGAAGCUCCGAUAGAAUCAGAGUCAAAAACGGAAGAGCCAGAACAGAACACACAAUCUAUGGAGCAAGUAGAGGAAUCCAUAGAACAAGAUAAACGGUCUGAGGUUGAGUCACAGGCCCCCACAGAAACUGAAGUACAUGAUAACCCUAAAAUGAGCAAAGAUAAAAUGACUGCUGAUAAUACCGUUACAGAUGAGUCUCCUAAAGCAAAGUCCAUGUCCAGUGGAGGAGCCAGCAAUAAAGUAAUGGACAAUAGUGAGAUGGCUGAACCUGAGCCUAAAGCGAAGGUUGAACCUGAACCUGAACCUGAACCUGAAGUUAGGGCAGAGACCGAGCCUGAACCAAAAGCUGAGGCUGAACCUGAACCCAAGACAGAAGCUGAACCAGGGCCAGAAACUGAGGCUGAACCUGAACCUGAAGCAGAAGCUGAACCUGUACCAAAAACAGAGUUUGAACCCAUGGCUGAGACUAAACCCAAAACGAAAACUGAAGCUAAAUCCAAAAACCAGGAAGGCAAAACUGACGUAAAAACUGAUCUUGAAACGAAAUCCGAAGCAGAAUCCAAAUCAGAGACUGUUCCUGAACCCGAAGCGGAAUCUGAACUACAUGCUGAGCCAGGAACAGAAGCCCCCAGAGCCAUAGUAGAAGAUGCAUCAUCAGCUCACAAGGACGAAGGAACAGCCACAGAACACGAAAUGAAUGAAGAAACUCUACUCACGGCAAAGGAGACUCAGGCUGAAAACCAGGAAAAGUCAGGAGUAGAAGACUCACCUGACAGUGAAAUGAAGGACAAGAAGACUCCUCCAGCAUCAGUAGAUGUUAACUCGCCUGAAGGCCUUGGGGAACAGGAAUCACAGGAAAUGCUGACCCUGAGAGAUUUAGUCCUCACGACGAUGUCCGGCCUUCCGAAUGAUCCAAGGAGACCUCGCGUCACCACAGCAAAGCCACCAAAAGAGGUCAGAGUUCUUAAAGAAAAACCAACAAGUACCACAGUCUCUCCCAUUGCCGUCAAAGUCAACAGUAUGCAGUCCCACGAUGCAGAUCCCAAGGGUGACGGUAAAGAAUAAAAGGGUUUAAUAAAAAUCCCCAAAUUAUCUAUAUGAUAAGGCUUAUCACAGAUUGUUUAUGCUGCAAUUUCAAAGGGUUCUCUUCCUCCCUGUGUUCUUGGGGGUUUGCUCAAUAAAAGAUUCACAAAACAGAGUCAAACUUAAACGAGGGCCUUCGUGUAAUACCAAGUUUUAUUGUAUGUCUACUUUUCAUUUUACAAUCACCUUUCCUUAUCUCUGUAUAUGAAAGAGAAAAGUAGUAUUAGUUAGUGUUGAAAUUCAGUAUGAUUACGUAGACAUACGAUCAAAAUAAAUCACACAUCAGUAAUAGAGGCUAUGAAAGAGCAAACAAACAAAUUACAACCUAUAUUUAUAGCAUUGGCACUCAUACGUCAGAUAACUAUCAGUCAUGUACAGUAUUGCAGAACAUAACCUCUGUUUAGACCCCACUGAAUAUGUAUUGUUGUAUUCCUAAUUUUCUUGACCUCUUUGGAAAGUAAAAAAAUAUCAACAUAGUGUAAGCUGGGGAGGAGAGCCAGUAAGAUAUACAUAUUCCAGUACAUUCUAAACUAUCAGUUGAUUGCAGUUAAUGAAGUAUUAUGUAUAUUUUUUGGCAGACUUAUGAAUUGUCAG